AUGCAAACCGGAGAACAGGUCACACUGAUCUUUGCCAUAUUUACUGCCAUAAUAACUCUGGUUAUAGUGAUUUACUACAAAUUCUGUAAACCAAAGGCUAAUUGCUUUCGGAGAGAGAGUGUGAGUUACUCGAGCUUGUGGAUCUGCUGCCAUCUGAAAGACUCUUCUGUCGGGUUCUGCUCUACUUACAUUGCUCCCAUGACUUCUCUACCACAAUUUCAAACGGGUGAAAUUAUCACUUUCUACAUGCUGGGAUUCACCUUUCUUAUGACGGUUUCCGUUGUUGUUUACUAUAAAUAUGUCGCACAAAACGUUUCUGGUCGGUCGAUAGGCGGUUUGACGUGUCGAAGCAGUGGACGAUCACAAAAGUCAACCAGAUGUGAAGAGUUCAUGGAUCGGUUUGUACGUCGUCGUAAAUCUUAA